UAGGAAUGGGCAGUGGCUGUUCACAUUCAGCACACCUUUUCCAUUUGCUAAUAAGGUCCUGCCGGACUGGAAGGGAGUUGUCCCUGUCUGACUCUGGAGCGAGGAGCCACUGCGACAAUCCACGGGCACCAUGGAACUGCUUCAAGUGACCAUCCUUUGUCUUCUGUCCAGUCUUUGUAGCAGUGACGACGAGAUAGAUAAAACUACAGCCUCAACAGUAUUAACAUCAACAGCAAUUUCUGCAACAGAAACAUCUGUAUCAACACCAAUCCCAACGACAUCACCAAAUCUUGUUAUGAAAUCAACAAUCGGAACGUCUCCUAAAGGAACAACUGACAAGGAAUUAUUACAAACAUCUCCGCUGUCAACACUUUCUUCAUUAACCACUACAGUUAAAGGUGACGAAGCCACAACCAGUGGUGUGACGACGGAAGAGUUGACCACCACGAGUACACCAGUGACAGAUCUUCUACUUCCAAAUGCUGUUUCAACGUUCCAAAGUCCACAACACAAGACUGAAAAUCAGAGUUCAACCACUACAACAGGAGGACCAGUUAGCACUCCACAAACAGAUGCUUCAGUUUCCAAAACCAGUAUAUUACCCUCAACAUCAAUAACGAUUCCAGAAAACAUCUCAUCAUCUCAAGGCACCGAGAAUGCAAAGAAUGCAAGCCCUUCUUCAACCAGCCCCUCUCAUUCCAGUGUUAUUUUGCCGGUGGUUAUUGCACUGAUUGUAAUAACUCUUUCCGUAUUUAUUCUGGUGGGUUUAUAUCGAAUGUGCAGGAAGACAGACCCAGGCACACCAGAAAAUGGAAAUGACCAACCUCAGUCCGAUAAAGAGAGUGUGAAGCUUCUCACUGUUAAGACAAUUUCCCAUGAGUCUGGUGAGCGCCCUGCACAAGGAAAAACCAAAAACUGACAGCUUGAUGAAUCCUCCCCACACCUGGGCAGUGAGUAUGCUUAAUCUUCAGCUUCUAUGCUCCAGGAGUAGAAAGAGAGAAAGCCCCAUGGAAUGAACCCUGACUUCCAAUCCUGCUCGCCGACCUACACCAUCACCUGUCCCGACAAAGUGAUGUCCAGAUGACAUGCAAUAAUCUGAUAGAAUCAAAACAAUCCUGGGUCUCCCCUGUCCCCUGAGACAGGAGAAAGCACAUUUGUACAUUUUAUAGGAACAUUUGCAGGAGAACAAAUUUUAAGAAAGGUAUUUGUGAGCAGUUAACCUGACAGCCCAGACAUGAGGGUUCACUGGUGACAUGACCUUCCCUCGAGUUUCAAGUUUCCAGAACCGACAGUUUUUAUCCAUGGAGACUUUCCUACUUUCUUAGUGUUCUUCUAUGUUUGUAUUUAUUGUUUUCCACUAUGUUAAUGCAGGGAAAAUUAGCAAGUGUAUUAUUAAAUAUUAGAUAGA